AUGACGAAGGUAGACGUGCGGCUGCAGCGCGCCCGCCGCAGGCUCGGCCGUGCGCGCGUGUUAGCGAUAAAGUUGCGGGUAGAGCCGUUCCCGACUUUUCGAAUGCGAGGCCUCUGCGACGAGUGCCAGUCGCGCUGCGGAGCCACGCCCUUCGAGCCGCGUCCCGUCGGCACUACCCUCGAGUGCGUGUCGCCUUGCUUGGUUGGCGACACCCACUCGCCGAGGGCAGUCCGGCCGACGGGAGCCUGUCGCGCGCCGGCGACGAAUGCGGCGGAUUGGCCGCAUGCGCUCUCGUUUGACGGCGCAAUCAGGGUCUCGCUGUGUAUGACGGCCGCCCGCCUGCUGCGCUCGUGCGUUGAGACCCUCGUGGGCUUCGUGUUCUGGCUAGCACUCUGUUUGAUUAUCCUCCCAGUCAUCGUUCUCGUUUCCUCACCAUUUAUCGCGCUCGGCCUCUGCAGCUCCGACAGUGGUGUCGGCAUGCCUCCCGCCCACCUCGCCUUGGGUCGCCUUCCAUAUCUGAUUCCGAUGGUGCUCUUCGUCGACCUGCCAAUCGCCGUCUUACUCUUAGCGACACUGCUGUUCGAGCAACUGUUCCUCCGGAAUCCCCUCAUCCUCGCCGUCUACAGCCUCUGCCGACACGCCUCACAGCUCCCGAACCGCGAGCCAACGCUCCCCGACACCGAGGCCGGUCUUCACGCUCGCGAGCGGCCGCGCGCAAACACCAAUGACGGCGCCCGCUACCGCGAGCAUGCCUCCAUCUGGGCUGCCCUCGAGGGCGACGGCGAGAAGGUCCGACCGGGAGACGUGCGGCUGAUCAGUCUGAACUGGCUCAUUGCGCUGGCAGAGCGGGGCGGCGUGCUCCCGCGGCGGCAGGACCUGGCAGAGGAGGCCUUCUUAAGCUCUGCUCAGCUGAGGCGGAUCGAGCAAGGCGCCAGGCGCGGCUUCAACUCCGUCGGACAUGAGGAGGCCAUUGAACGAUUUAUCAAGGAGCCCUCCCUCUCGUCCUUGCUCGGCUGGCUCGCGAGCUUUUUCGGCCGCAAGCGCAACCCCGACGGGCUGCUCCCGAUGAUCUCCGUCUCCUACUGCUGGCUCGAGGCGGCGCACCCCGAUCGGGAGGGCCGCCAGCUCCAGCUGCUCUGCCGCAAGCUGCGGGGCCUCUACGGCGGGCGCGGCCUGCUCGGCGCGUGCCGCGACUACGGCUUCUCGGACAUGGGCGUGUUCCUCGACUGGUCCUCGGGCUACCAGAGGGAUCCGGCGCUAUUUGCCGAGCGGCGCGCGUAUGAGGCGAGCCGGUCGGGCGAGGAGAAGGCCGCCUUCGGUCGCAUGCUGGAAAACACGAUGGACCUCUGGUACGCGCACGCCUCGGUUACUGUCGUGCUGCUCACGCAGCUGCCCGACGAGCUGCCCGCCGGCUUUGACCGGAGCCGGACCUACGACACUCGCGGCUGGACGACAUUCGAGCGCUGCUCGGCAGAGCUGGGCGCAAAGCCCGCUUGUUUGGGCUUUGCCAAGUGGAAGCUCGUCAUCGACGUCGCCAGCGACGACGGCGGCGCUCAGCGGCGGCUCCCCGCGACUCCGGAGCGCAUGGCGACGCUGCUCGCCACUUGCCGCUUCACCAACGGCGCCGACUCGACGACCGUGCUCGCGCUCUACGAAAAGACGGCGAAGGCAGUGCUGGGAACGGUCGAGAAGCUCGACUACACGGGGCUGCCGCUCGUGUGUGGCGACGCGUGGACUAGCCCUGCGCUGCUGGCGGAGGCGCUGAAUCAUUGCGAGAGCCUCCGGACCCUCGUCGUAGCUGGGAAUCGCCUCGACGACGAGGGCGUGGCGGAGCUUGCGGCAGGGCUCGAGGGCGGCGCGCUCCCGGUGCUUGAGGCUCUCUACGUAGCGGCAAACCGCUUCGGCGCGCGCGGCGUCGGCGCGCUCUGCGGCGUGUUCCAUCGCGGCGUGGCGCCGGCGCUGCAGACGCUCGACGUCGCUGCCACGCCUAUUGGCGACGAGGGGGCAGUGGCGCUAGCUGCGGCUCUGUCGACCGGCAAGCCGUCGCAUGGGCUGAGCUUGGCGUUCUGUGACGUGAGCGACGAGGGCGCGAUGGCACUCGCGGCUGCCCUCCCGGCCGCGGGUCAGGGAUGUCGCGUGAACGCCUUUUUCAAUCGGAUCGGCCUCGCGGGCCAGGCGGCACUGCUAGAUGCACUCGAUGCGAAGCACGGGCCGCAGCCGGGGCAUGGCAUUGCGGUGCUGCAGGUGAACUUGCUUCCCUGGUCGUGCCCGCUCAUUCGCGCUUGGGGACGAGGCGGGCGCCGUGUGGCCGAGAGCGGCCGACUCACCAUAUAA